ACAUAAUCCAAGUCUACACUCUCCGGGAAACUAGCCCUAAUACCUACACCCUCUGCUUAUCAGGCAGAGAACACCUUGAAAGAAUUUGGAACUGAAUCCAAGAGUGACAAAGUUGUAGCUGUUGCCAAAUCUCGCCUUUGAAUUCUAUCUUUGAACACACUGCAUCUCAUUGUUUAUAAUUCCCAGCUGCAAACUAGGCUAAGCGCGUUUCGAUCAUUUCGGGGCUACAGUUGUUUGAUUUAGCAAUGUUUUGGUAGUUGAAUUCUGCUUUGAUCUGCUCUAAUGCUGAAACCAUUGCUCUCUAGCUUUGCUGUGUUGAUUGGUUUGCGUUGCGGCUAAUAAUUGACGCCAUCAUCUAGCUUGCACACGUCGUAGGGUUCGAUCAAGUGAUUGCCAGACUACUUGUGAUCCUUCUACGAAUCCACACAAUUGUUUCGUCCAUUGAAACCUCGACUCCAUGCGGUCCCUCUGCUUUUUCCUCCGCCGCACUGCUACACAAAGAAGAGCCUUCAGUGAUUUUGCUGCACAUUCUCCACCUCCUCUUCCCGUGCUCAUUGUUGGAGCGGGACCGGUCGGCCUCACCCUCUCCAUCUUGCUUUCUCAAUAUGGUGUGCCUUCCCUGCUCGUGGACAAGCGGAAACGAUUGCCGGAGCAUCCGCAGGCUCACUUCCUCAACAAUCGAACUAUGGAGAUAUUUAGGAAGAUGGAAGGGCUGACGGCAGAGAUAGAGACUAAACAGCCCCCUGUAGACCAAUGGCGCAGGUUUGUGUACUGCACCACCCUUGCAGGCCCCGUGCUCGGCACUGUGGACCAUUUGCGACCGGAGGAUCUAACAUCUAAACGUAGUCCAACAGCAGUUGCCCAUUUUUCUCAACACCACCUCCUGCCUCUCUUGUAUGCGAAAGCGCAACGGCUUGGCCAGACCGUGCAUAAGAACUAUGAUUUCUCAAGCCAGUGGGCAUCUAUUACUCCAGAGCCUGCACCUAUUCUGAUGGGUUACGAAUGUGUCUCGAUCAUGAGCAACUCCAAAGGGGUUAAUGCUAGAAUUUCUGCUUCUCAGGGAGUCACUAGGCAGGUAGUCGAUUUGGCCUGCCAAUACGUAGUGGCAGCCGAUGGAGCAGGUAGUCCUAUCAGGAAGAUGAUCGGUAUUACUAUGGAAGGAGAGGCAGAGAUGCAGAAGCUUAUCAGUGUUCACUUUUUCAGCAAAGAACUUGGCCAGCUGCUAUUAUCGACUCCUGAGCCGGGAAUGUUAUACUUCGUAUUCAAUCCUAAAGUUAUUGCAGUUGUUGUCGCUCAUAAUCUUGAGGCUGGUGAAUUUGUAGCUCAGAUACCAUUUUAUCCACCUCAGCAACGUCUUGAAGAUUUCACAAGUGAGGUCUGCCAUGACAUCAUAUUGGAGGUGGUUGGAAAGAGAGACUUGGCGGUUGAGGUCAAGACGGUGAAACAGUGGGUGAUGCAUGCCCAGGUUGCGGACCGAUUUACGGACAAGCACAAGCGGGUUAUUCUCGCUGGAGAUGCUGUGCAUCGCUUUCCUCCAGCAGGAGGAUUCGGUCUCAACACUGGCGUACAAGAUGCUCACAACCUAGCUUGGAAGCUCGGUGCUGUGAUAAAGGGAUAUGCAUCUGAAGCUCUGUUAGCUACCUAUGAAGUAGAGCGUAAGCCGAUUGCAAAAGCCAACACGGCAUUGAGUGUUGCGAAUUUCAAAGCAGCUCUAGCAGUUCCAGCUGCACUUGGUCUUCAUCCAUCUGCUGCAAGAGUCGUUCAUGAAGCUAUUAACAGCCGUGUAGGCAUGCUGCUUCCUAAAAAGUUACAGAGUGCAGUACUUGAGGGUAUAUUUGCAGUUGGACGAGCUCAAGUGUCAUCAGCUUUUCUGAGUGACUUCAAUCCUAUUGCUGCUGUUCGGGUUUCGGAAAUGCAAAGAAUACUGAAGGAGGGUCACAGCCUUCAACUCCAAUUCCCCGCAGAAGACCUUGGCUUCAGGUAUCGUGAAGGAGCUUUAAUUCCAGAGGUAAAGCAAUCCCCAUCAAGGGAACGCGUUGCAGCUCCUAUGGGUAGAAGGCUAGAAUAUUUGCCAUCAACCCAACCUGGUGCUCGUUUGCCACAUUUUCCAAUCAUUAUCCACCAACACACGUUUCCAUCUUCCUCGAAUGCAACCUGCUCCACAUUGGACCUGGUCAGCGAGAGCGAGAUCGACCUUGUCCUCAUCGUGGGAUGCAAUAACAGCGGCUGCACAUGGACUGAAGCUGCUGUAACAUCUGCCAAAUCGCUAUCUGUAAAAGUGAGAGUAGUCAUCAUGUGGCCACCAGGUCUUGAAACCAAGAUGGGAGAAUCCGAAGAACUUUCUGUUCAGAGGCGGGUCUCUGCAUUCAAAGACAGAGUUGUUCAUGCAGAACAAGCCGACCAAGGGUGGUGGGAGCUUUGUGGCGUUCCUGAUGUGGGUGCAAUCCUGGUUCGACCAGAUGAACAUGUGGCUUGGAGGUCACUAAACCUACCUGACCGCUCCUCUGCGGAGCAUCUGCACAGGGCUUUCGCAGAAGUGUUCCCAGCUCUAGCUUCACCCACUUCAACCCAGCAAUGUGCAUGACUGUUAAGGAAGGACUCUACCCUUGUCCUCUUUUUUUCUCCUUGUCUUUUGCCUGUUUGCGUAGUUGGGUUUCAUCAACAGGCACAAGUUUUAACAAAAACUUCUCAAAUCAUUCUCAAAUGAGAUGGAAUUCAUAGCUGGGACUGUACAAAUACUAGAUUUGAUUCUGAUGUACUUGUAAUCACUAUGAACAAGAAUUUCUUUCUGAGCAGCUUGAGUUUUAUGCAUC